AUGGCCUCUCAAAAAAUCGCCGCCGCCCUCGCGGACAUUGAAGCCUCCUCCAAUCCCCAAAACAAACUCCAGCGAUACGACCAGCUCCUCUCGGAGCUCGUCUCGACCGCCUCCGACGACCAAAUCGCCCAAGACCUCAUCUUCUACCUCGACUCCGUGCUCAGCGAAGACAUCAGCAUCGUCUCGGCCCGCCCCAUCCUCGACUCCUUCAUCGCCGUGCUGCGCAACCUCCGUCCCGAAACCCAGAUCGCCGUCGGCCAGCACGCCGUCACGCUCCUCCAGUCCCGCUCCACAUCCGUCGAGGAGCAGGACGCCCAGAUCCGCGAGCUCCUCGCCGACGCCUACGAGUCCCAGGAGGAGUACAUUGCCGCCGCGCGCGCCCUGCAGGGCAUCCACAUCGACAGCUCGCAGCGGCUGGUGUCCGACGCCGCCAAGGUGCGCCUGUGGAUCCGCAUCGUGCGCCUCUACCUCGAGGAGGACGACACAACCAGCGCGGAGGCCUUCCUCAACCGCAUCAAGAACCUUCCCAGCAAGAUCGACGACCACGAGCUGAAGCUGCACUUCCGCCUGUCGCAGGCCCGCAUCCUCGACGCCCGCCGCCGCUUCCUUGACGCCAGCCAGGAGUACUUCACCGUCAGCCUGGCCGCGGGCGUCGACGACGCCGACCGUCUGCAGGCCCUGGCCGCCGCCAUCCGCUGCGCUGUGCUCGGCCCCGCCGGCCCCCAGCGCGCCCGCAUCCUCGCCACCCUCUACAAGGACGACCGCGCCACCUCGGUCGACGAGUUCGCCAUCCUCGAGAAGAUGUUCCUCGACCGCUUGCUGACCCCCGCUGAGGUCGCGGCGUUUGCGGAGCGUCUCGCUCCGCACCAGCUCGCCCAGACUGCCGACGGCACCACUGUGCUCGACAAGGCUGUCGUCGAGCAUAACCUCGUCGCGGCGAGCAAGCUGUACGAGAACAUCACGACCGAUGCGCUGGCAGCUAUCCUGGGGCUGGAGGGCAGCGGAGAUCUCACGGCGGGCGAGAAGGCCGAGGCGUAUGCGGCGCGCAUGGUUGAACAGGGCCGGUUGAACGGGACGAUCGAUCAGAUCGAUGGCGUUAUCGUUUUUGCGUCUAACACUGCUGCGCGUCGGCAUAUUCGCCAGUGGGAUGCGGGCGUGCAAGGUCUCGCGGAGGAUGUCGAACGCGUGGCGACCAGCAUCACGGAUGCUUUCCCGGAGUUUGCCGCGCAGACGGUGCAUUGA